AUGGCCGACGACGCGCCGUCGCUGCAGCAGCCCCUGACGGGGAACUCCGCGACGCCGCGGAAGAAGCGCCCAUGGUCCAUCGUGGAUUUCCUGGUGCAGUUCCGCUGGAUCCUCGUAAUCUUCGUCGUGCUGCCCGUCUCCUUCGCCUUCCAGUGCAACAAGGAUUUCUGGGACUGGUGGUCGAACCGCAAGAGCUUCGCGCAGCGCGAGCGCGAGCACCAGGCCGCGGUGCAGAAGCUGGUCAAUCGCCUCAAAUCGCGCGACCGGCGCCGCGACGGGCUGGUGUGCACGUCGCGCAAGCCAUGGCUGUCCGUGUCGAUGCGCAACUCGGACUACAAGCGCGCGCGCCGCUUCGAGGUCGACAUGAACGAGUUCUGCCAGAUCCUGGCCGUCGAUACCGUCAACCGCAUCGCGCGCUGCGAGCCGUACGUGAGCAUGGGGCAGCUCAGCGCCGUGACCGUGCCGCUGGGAUACGCGUUAGAAGUGGUCCCGGAACUGGAUGAUCUCACCGUCGGCGGGCUGAUCAACGGCUACGGCAUCGAGGGCUCGUCGCACAUCUACGGCCUCUUCCAGGUGCCACCCCUUUCCGUCCUGCCCGGUCCCGCUGCUUCCGCCGAUGUUCUCGUCAUUCGUUUUGCCCCAUAUGGCAUCGACAAAAGACGCGCUGCUGGCACCUCCUCCCCCCAUCCCCCACCCCCCUCUUUUCCACCCCCCUUCCCCGCCCCCCCGCCCCCUGACACGGUGGAGGCGUACGAGAUCGUGCUGGCGGACGGCACGCUGGUGCGCGCGACGCGCGACAACGAGCACGCGGAUCUCUUCUACGCGAUCCCGUGGUCACAGGGCACGCUGGGGCUUCUCGUAGCCGCGGAGAUCCGCCUCAUUCCCGUUAAAGAGUUCAUGCGCGUUACCUACACGCCCGUUAGAGGCACGCUGCGCGAAAUGACCCAGGCGUAUAUCGACUCGUUCUGCCCGCGGGAUGGAGACCAGGACAAUCCGGAUAAGGUUCCGGAUUUCGUGGAGGGGAUGGUGUACACGCGGUCCGAGGGGGUCAUGAUGACCGGGAGGUACGCGUCGCGCGAGGAGGCGACGCGGCCCGGGAACGUGAUUAACAACUGCGGGUGGUGGUGGACGCGGUGGUUCUACCAGCACGCGACGGACGCGUUUACGCGCGGCGAGUUUGUAGAAUACAUCCCGACGCGCCAGUACUACCACCGCCACACGCGGAGCCUGUACUGGGAGGGGAAAUUGAUCCUGCCGUUCGGCGACCAAUGGUGGUUCAGGGUGCUGCUGGGGUGGAUGAUGCCGCCUAAGGUGUCGUUCUUAAAGCUCACGCAGGGCGAGGCGAUUCGGAACUAUUACCACGAGCGGCACGUGUGUCAGGACAUGCUGGUGCCGCUCUAUAAGGUGGCGGACGCGCUCGAACUGAACGAGCGGGAGUUCGAGGUGUACCCCAUCUGGCUGUGCCCGCACCGCCUCUUCAUGCACCCCAUGCGGCAGAUGAUCAACCCCGAGCCGGGCUUCUGGGACCACAGGCAGCAGGGCGACACAGCAGCAGCGCAGAUGUUCACAGACAUCGGCCUCUACUAUGCGCCGGGGGCUGUAAUGCGAGGGGAGGAGUUUGAUGGUGUGGCGGCGGUGCAGAGGAUGGAGAAGUGGCUCAUUGAGAACGCGUCCUUCCAGGCCCUGUAUGCGGUGACAGAGCUGAACGAGAGGGACUUCUGGCGCAUGUUUGAUGUCUCGCUCUAUGCCGCUUGCCGGGAGAAGUACCAAGCAGUGGGCACGUUCAUGAGUGUGUAUUACAAGUCAAAGAAGGGGCGCAAGACAGAGGCGGAGGUGAUGCAGGAGGAGCGGAAGGAGAAGGAGGUUGCCAUUGCCGAGUCUGCUUAG